AUGUCCUGUGGAAUUCCACAGGGGAAAAAUAGAAGCACCAGAAGCUCUUGCUUCAGAGCUUUGGAGAUGCAACCAGCUCGGUUUCUUAGUACUGUUGCUAUCUUGUCAUUCGUCUUCUUCUUUGGGUUACUGGUUGCAGAGGUAGAGAAGGAGAAGAAGACCUUUAUAUUUCUGGUAGAUCCCAAGCAGAAGCCCUCUCCUUUCGUUUCCCACAGCCACUGGUACUCUUCCCUCCUUCCCACCUCUGCUACACUCGUCCACCACCACCACUCUCUGUUCAGUGGCUUCUCCGCUGCCCGCCUCACUGUCUCCCAAGCGCGCUCCGUCGGCCGCUGUCAGGGCGUCGUCGCCGCCCUUGAUGACUACCUACUCCGCCCCCACACAACUCGAUCUCCAUCCUUCCUUGGCCUCGACCUCCCCGCCUCCCGCCUCUCCGCCACCUCCUAUGGUGGCUCCGCUGCAGUCAUCGGCUUCAUCGACACGGGUAUCUGGCCGGAGAGGCCCAGCUUCUCCGGCCGCGGUCUCGGUCCCCUGCCCCGCCGUUGGCAGGGACGGUGUGACCAAGGCGCCGGCUUCAACCGCUCUAAGUGCAACCGCAAGCUUGUCGGUGCACGAGCGUUCUUCGCCGGCUAUGCCGCCGCGUUCGGCAUUACUAACACCAGACGUGGCGACGCGGUCUGGUCGGUUAGAGAUCACGACGGCCACGGCACCCACGUGGCUUCGAUCGCCGCUGGCGCGCCCGUUGAUGGAGCUAACUUCUAUGGUUUCGCCAGCGGCAUUGCGCGUGGGGUUGCGCCCCGCGCGCGAAUCGCCGUCUAUAAGGCAUGUUGGGACGAGGGCUGCAUGGUCUCCGACGUCGUUGCCGCGGUAGAGGCAGCGGUCUCUGAUGGCGUCGACGUGCUGUCGCUCUCCAUCGGCGCCACCUCGCCGGCGCCGUCCUACGAACUCGAUCCCCUCGCCGUAGCCACUUUCCGCGCCACGAUUCGGGGCGUCUUCGUGUCGGCGUCCGCAGGGAACGGUGGUCCCACGCCACAAAGCGUCGGGAAUAUCCCGCCCUGGAUCACUGCCGUCGGCGCGGGAACCAUCGACCGGGAUUUCCCAGCUGUGGUUCUUCUCGGCAACGGCACGCGCAUUCACGGCACGUCAAUUUCCCUUCGCCAUCACAAAUAUCUACUCGGCCGAAGACAUCACGCAACGCCGGUAGUCUCCGCCGGUAUUGUCGCCGCCCUGGCCAACCUCACCAAUCUCAGCGUCGCCGGCUUCAUCGUAUUCUGGAAGCCAAGCGGACACGUGUCGAGAAUCGAAAUUGCGGCCGAGCUGAAGCGAUUGGGAGCAGUGGCAACGAUAGUCUUCCAUGGGGAGUUCGAUCCCGGCGGCAUUGUGGCAGAGGCCCACGUGGUCCCCACCGUGACCGUUGAAUCGCAGGGGGCCGCCACGAUCGACGCGUACCUGAAGACAGUUAAGAAUCCCACGGCCGUCAUUUACUCUCAGGGAACCGCGGUGCACCCCGGCUUCGGCGCCCCAGUGGCGGCGUCGUUCUCCGCACGGGGACCGAACCCCGCGGUGCCGUGGGUGCUGAAGCCGGACUUGCUGGCGCCAGGAGUCGACAUUCUCGGUGCGUGGACGGGGUCGGUGGGACCGUCGGGUCUGCGCUCCGACGCCCGGCAGCCGAAGUUCAGCGUGGCGUCAGGGACCUCGAUGUCGUGUCCUCACGUGUCGGGAGUGGCGGCGCUCGUGCGCUCCGCUCGACCUGGGUGGUCCCCCGGCGAGAUACGGUCGGCCCUCAUGACCACAGCAAUGGAUGCUGGAAUAAGUGACGAGGCCCUGGAGAAUGGCGGGGGGCCACUGGCGAUGGGCGCCGGAUACCUUUUCCCGGAGCGAGCGGCCGACCCGGGGUUGGUCUACGACUUGGGGUACGAGGACUACGUGGAGCUCCUAUGCGGGCUAAAUUACUCGGCGAGAGCCAUCCACAUAAUAACAGGGGGAGCGGGAGUUCGUUGCGGGGAUGCGCGUGCUGGGCUCUGGGGGUUCAACUACCCGGCGUUCGUGGCAUCGGCGGAGGACGUGACGUUGAUGGGGGAGGCGGUGUUUCAGCGGAGGCUGAGGAGGGUGGACGUGGGCAAGAAGGGACAGUGGUACAGGGCGGAGGUGGCGUCGCCGGAGGGCUACGCGGUGGAGGUUGAGCCAAGGAGGCUGUGGUUUGACGGGAGUGGGGAAGGAGAGAGAGUGGAGUUUAGCUUGGCGUUGAGAUGCAUCGAAGAUUCGCGAAAUAAUGGCCGGCGGCGAUGGUGGUGGAGAGGCGGAAGCUUGACGUGGCGGGAGGAAGGCGGGGAGAAGAGGCGGGUAAGGACUCCCAUUGUGGUUUUUUCUAUUUCUGAUAUGUAA